UCUGAAAAUGAGCGGCAGAGGAAAAGGCGGGAAAGGUCUGGGCAAAGGAGGCGCCAAACGGCACCGGAAGGUCCUCCGGGACAACAUCCAGGGCAUCACCAAGCCCGCCAUCCGCCGCCUGGCCCGCCGCGGCGGAGUCAAGCGCAUCUCCGGCCUCAUCUACGAGGAGACCCGCGGCGUGCUCAAGGUCUUCCUGGAGAACGUCAUCCGGGACGCCGUCACCUACACCGAGCACGCCAAGAGGAAGACCGUCACCGCCAUGGACGUGGUCUACGCUCUCAAGAGGCAGGGACGCACUCUGUACGGCUUCGGAGGCUGAAGCUCCGUCCAGCGACCGCACCAAACAAAACAAAGGCCCUUUUCAGGGCCGCCCACCACCUCUUGAGAGCCCGGUCCCAGAAAAACCAGGUGUUACUCGAUGAACAUCACGUGAUCUGUGUGAGGACGGAGGACGCACCCCGCUCCUGGUGGUGGGAGCAGUUUGAUCAGGAUUCGACAGGGACAUUUUAUCUCAGUGAUGCAGUCACUGGACACCAUGACAUCUGGGGAGCCACCCAGCAGGCUGCUGUCAGAGAGGAACACUGCUUUUCCUGGAUCGUCACACCAGUGGGCUUCAUGUAAUCCUCUUCCGAAGUCACAAGCCUGGGGUCACAAAGAUGAUUUAUUGCACAAUGUGUAUGUGUGAUUACAAUUUGUUAUUACAGUUUUUCACAAUUGCUAAAACACGUUUCUUGAAACCUCCAUUUUCUCAAAACCUUAAACACAAAUCCAAAAAUCCACACUGCAUUCACAAAAACCUCAGACAUUUCUGUCAAAAUCGAAUUAUCGCCUCAAAACCAGUUCUCUUGUGAUCAAAACCACACUCUGCGUUCAGAUCUCACACACAGCAGGUAAAACAUGUUGACCUUGGAUCGUUCAUCAGACUCUACAUGAAAUCACUGAGGACACAGCAGCAGUCCUCACUCUGAAACCUGCUGGUUAUUUUCCAACACAUUUCCUGGGUAGCCCUGGAUUUUGUGCAGAUUUGGUCACUUUUACCCCAAAUUAGAUGAAUUGUGUG